CAUCGCGCGUCGUCUUGUUUGUAAUCCAAGUCGCACGAUCUUGAACUACUUACGAUCAAUUUUGCGGCCUUGCCGGCUGAGGGACAGCCGAAAUCCAAGGAAUCCAAGGAAUCGUCCGAACGUGCAAACGAGAGAGGAAAGAGCGAGAAACCUGUAUAAAGUAUCACGUUCAAAGGAAGUGAUUCGUUAUAUUUCUUUUGUUACUUGCCACUUUGUUACACGCAAUAACGAGUACGUAUCAUUAUCGUUCCGACCGAACGCGCGUCGAUAUUUUUGCGAUAAAUUGCGUCGUGUGUUGAGACGGAAGAUUGUCGAAGAGAACAGUUCAGUGGAAGUGAGAAGUGGUGUUUCGAAAGACGCGUGACCGCUUUUUGGAGCCGUGGAGGGAAGCGUUGUUUGCUCCGCGCCGAGAAUGUAUCUAUAUCAAUACGAAAUUGUGAGACGUACAGGCACUGAUAAGAACUGCUGGAAGAGAGAGUCUGUCGCCAUUUAGACUGUUGCGCAAGUUCCGGCUGCCUUUUGCAUCUACAACGUGUACUCACUUUGCGCAACACCGACGUGCUUGAAAGAAGAAUGAGACGCGUGUAGAUCCUACAUUAAUUACAAAAUUUGUAUAACGAUAAGUUCGAUAUCGGUGGAUAAAGAUCUCGUUGAAGUUGAAUAGCAAAAGCAAUUGUAUCUGUAAGUAGGGAAGAAAGAAUAAAACGUUACGGUACAGGAACUAUACACUGUCGGAACCGCACAGACUUCAUAGCGCUGAAGGCCAGUCAAUUAAUGAAGAGAGACUGAUCUCUCGGUAAAUGUAAAGUAAAGACGUAGAGGUGACGAUAUCACAUAGUGAUCACAAUGUCACGAUUAUGCAUAGAGAUAAUUAUAUAAGAUCACGUUCAGCGGAGACGCGGGAGAGGAAUAGAGAGGACUAUACGAAAUACAGAUUUGAUGUGACAAUCUUUCUUUUUCCCUUUUUACUCUAAACGCGAUCGCUCGCUCGUGCCGAACGCUCCAACUUACGAUCGAGUACGCAGCAUCAGGAUCUCGGAAUUUCUUUUGCAUAACAACACCUCGAGAGCGACCUAAGGUGUGUGUACACUCGGACGGAAGGAAACGGAAUGUAAAUUCCGCGAACGGCUAUCGUUUCCACAUAUGCGCGGGUGUGUCCCAUCAGUUCUUGUCAACGUCCUUGUCAUCGCGCCUUCUAACAGCGACCUAAGCUCAAACAACCGAGACCACCUUGAAAUACGAGGAGGGGCACUUGGACGUACUAGAGGAGAGGAUAUAUAGAGGUUUGUACGCUGGUACAAGAGCAGAUCAUCUUUCCGUGUCUCGAACACACAGUGUUUUCCCGUAAAGAUGCGAUCGGCGACAUCGGCGCUAUGAAGUUGUAUCUCGUAGUAUCGACCGUUUACGGUCUGAUUGCACUAUGUAGCAGUGCGACCGAACCGGAACCGGAAUCAAAACCACUCACAAAAUUAACACCGAUGGGCGAUCCGCAGCCUUCGUACGCAGGUGAUGUAGAUGACACGAAAGAUCUAACUCCGUCUGCAAGUGAUCGAACAUUUCAUGUAAACAAAGAUUACGGAUCAAUUGGAUAUCCCGGAGGAUAUCCUGGCAGAUAUCCCGGAGGAUAUCCAGAAGGAUAUCCAGGAGGAUAUCCUGGAGGAUAUGGUGGUUCCUCGGGUUAUCCAGGAAUCGGCGGAUAUCCUGGCACAUCAUACCGUGGUGGCAUAAUUCCAGGAUACAGAGGUUAUCAAGUAUUGGUACCAGGACUCGGUGGCGGUUAUCUCGGAUAUGGAUAUUAUGAUGGAUAUCCAGCUUAUAUUGGAUAUAACGGCUACGGUGGAUAUGGCGGAUAUGGCGGAUAUAGAGGCUAUGGGGAUUACGGAUUAAGAGGAUACGGAGGUUAUGGAAGCUACGGUACUGGCUACGAAGACAAUUAUUUAGGAUAUGGACAACGUGGUCCCGGUCGUUAUGACGGAGCACCUGGAUACGAUUACGGAGAUGGAUACGGUGCUAAUCGUGGUUCAUCGUAUGCAUCCAGAAACCCGAAUUAUCCAAAUAGCGGUCGUGGUAGUUACGGUACUUCUCUUGCUAAUCCAUCUGGUUAUCGCGGUUAUUCCUAAGCGCACAAUGUUAUGUAUAUUUUUACAAAUUAAAUUGUUUUGUUAUUAUUAAUAUGUUCUUAUCAGUCUCUAUCAGAAUGAUAGAGAGUCUCUGUCAAAACGAUCGUGCCUUUAACAUUUAUUACUAUAUAAAAAAUGUCUGUCAUAUAUAAUGCAACAUAAAACAAUGAUAUACUUUUAUAAUAUAACAGAUAUCCGCAUCCUGAAAUAAAACUCGUUGUUUAUAAUAUAA